UUAGCAGAAUAAAAAUGUCUUAAUCCACUAAUUAUAGCAAGAUAAUAAAUACUUUCAUAAUGUGUUGUCAAAGCAUAAUUGAACUGGUUAACCAUGGUUAAACAUUACUAGUUAUGUGCAGGGGAGAGGGAAACUGUCCUAACUCCAUACUUAUUUCUUACCCUUUAAGAGAGAGAGAGAGAAAAAAAAAAAAAAAAAAAAAAACAAAGAAUCAAAUUCCAUUUUUUGAAAGAAAGAGGGAAUCUCGAUGAUUUUCUGUCCCUAAAUCUGAAUUCAUUAAACAGUCUUUAAAUUUAAUUUAUUAUAAACCCCAUUUACUUUAUACUAAUAUUUUACAGAUUAUAAAGUUGAAGGAAUCUCAGAAUUGAUUAAUCUCAGUUUUUUCUGGGAAAUAAAGUGAAAUCUACAUUCAUAUAGAAUUUGAUUGCUUGAUUUGUUGAAGAAAAGGUGGUUUUUUGCAUUGCUUUUUGCUGGGAAUCUUGAAGGGGUUGUGAACUUGUGACUGUUAUAGGAUAAAAUCAGUGUCAGGGAGAAGGAAACAUACUUCAUUUGCUGCACAUACUUCAGGGAAUAGUUGUAUAUCAUGGUAUCACGGUCUUAUUCGAACUUACUGGAUUUGGCUUCUGGCCAGUUCCCGAGUUUAUGCCGGGGGGAUAAGAGGUUCCCUAGGGUAAAGACUGUUGCUGGAGUAUUGUCUGAGUUAGAUGAUGAAGCUAGCAAUAGUGUUAGCUCUGAUGCUCCUUCUUCUGUCAACCAAGAGCGUGUAAUUAUAGUGGGAAACCAGCUUCCUCUUCGGGUACACUAUAAAUCUGAGAGUGAUAAUGGAGGGCGGUACUUUAGUUGGGAUCAGGAUUCACUUCUUUUGCAGCUUAAGGAUGGUCUCGCUGAGGAUGUUGAAAUUGUUUACGUUGGGUGCCUCAGAGAACAAAUUGACCCAAGUGAACAGGACGGUGUAGCACAUACUUUGUUUGAGAACUUCAAAUGUGUCCCGACCUUUCUUCCUCCUGAACUCUUCACCAAAUUCUAUCAUGGCUUCUGCAAGCAGCAUUUGUGGCCUUUGUUUCAUUAUAUGCUUCCUCUGUCACCUGAUCUUGGUGGUCGUUUUGACCGUUCCCUUUGGCAAGCGUAUGUGUCAGUAAACAAGAUUUUUGCUGAUAAAGUUAUGGAAGUGAUCAGCCCUGAUGAUGAUUAUGUUUGGGUCCAUGACUAUCAUUUGAUGGUACUUCCUACAUUUUUGAGGAAGCGUUGUAAUAGGGUGAAACUUGGGUUUUUCCUCCAUAGUCCUUUCCCUUCUUCUGAGAUAUAUAGGACUCUUCCUGUAAGAGAUGAAAUUCUGAGAGCACUUCUGAAUUCUGACCUCAUUGGUUUCCAUACUUUUGAUUAUGCUAGACAUUUCCUCUCAUGUUGCAGUAGGAUGCUAGGUCUUUCUUACCAAUCCAAGCGAGGUUACAUCAGUUUGGAAUAUUACGGUCGCACUGUUAGCAUUAAAAUUCUUCCUGUUGGAAUUCACAUGGGCCAGCUAAAAUCUGUGAUGAAUCUUCCUGAGACAGAAGUCAGAGUUGCUGAAUUAAGAGAACAGUUUAAGGGUCAGACUGUCAUGCUUGGGGUUGAUGACAUGGACAUCUUUAAAGGCAUCAGUUUGAAACUUUUGGCUAUGGAGCAAUUGCUUCUUCAACAUCCUGAUAAGAGAGGUAAGGUUGUUUUGGUUCAAAUUGCUAAUCCAGCGAGAGGACGUGGUAAAGAUGUGCAGGAAGUUCAAUCUGAAACCAGUGUCACGGUUAAGAGAAUAAAUGCAAUGUUUGGUAAAGCAGGAUACAGACCUGUAAUACUGAUUGAUACUCCACUUCAGUUCUAUGAGCGGAUAGCUUAUUAUGUGAUUGCUGAAUGUUGCCUAGUCACAGCAGUUAGGGAUGGAAUGAACCUUAUACCUUAUGAGUAUGUAAUAAGCCGGCAAGGUAAUGAAAAUCUAGACCGAGCAUUGGGACUAGGACCCACAGUACCAAAGAAGAGCAUGCUGGUUGUUUCUGAAUUUAUUGGCUGCUCUCCUUCACUCAGUGGGGCUGUUAGGGUCAACCCUUGGAACAUUGAUUCUGUAGCUGAAGCAAUGGAGUCUGGCCUAACUAUUCCAGACUCUGAGAAACAGCUGCGCCAUGAGAAACAUCAUAGAUUUGUGAGCACACACGAUGUUGCAUUUUGGGCUCGUAGCUUUUUGCAGGAUCUUGAAAGAGCAUGCAGGGAACAUGUUAAAAGAAGGUGCUGGGGUAUUGGCUUUGGACUAGGAUUUCGAGUCAUUGCUUUGGAUCCAAGUUUCAGGAAGCUUUCUCUUGAGCAUAUUGUUUCAGCUUAUAAGAGGACAAAGAACCGUGCUAUUCUUUUAGAUUGUGAUGGUACCAUGAUGAUGCAGAGUUCAGUGAGCACAAAUCCUAACGUGGAGGCUGUUAAAGUCUUGAACAGCCUGUGUAAGGAUUCAAAAAAUGUUGUCUUCCUAGUUAGUGGAAAGGACAAAAGAAAGCUAUCUGAAUGGUUUUCUUCUUGUGAAAACCUUGGCAUUGCAGCAGAGCAUGGAUACUUUGUCAGGUAUGAUAAUGAUGCUGAUUGGGAGAUUUGUAAACCUAUUUCGAAUUUUGACUGGAAACAUGUGGCUGAGCCAGUGAUGCAGCUAUAUGCUGAGACAACCGAUGGCUCUUUCAUAGAGACAAAAGAAAGUGCUCUUGUAUGGAACUAUCGGUACGCAGAUCGAGAUUUUGGGUCAUGCCAGGCAAAGGAGCUGCUAGAUCAUCUCGAAAGUGUUCUUGCCAACGAGCCUGUUUCUGUAAAGAGUGGUCAGUACAUUGUUGAAGUUAAACCGCAGGGCAUUAAUAAGGGUCUAGUAGCAGAACGUCUCUUUGCGACAAUGCAGCAGAAGGGGAUGCUCCCUGAUUUUGUUCUUUGCAUCGGUGAUGAUAGGUCAGAUGAAGACAUGUUCGAGGUUAUAUCAAGUGCAAGAACAACUUCCUCGCUCUCACCUGUUGCCGAAGUAUUUGCCUGUACUGUUGGCCAGAAACCCAGCAAAGCUAAGUACUAUGUUGAAGAUACCAGCGAGAUUUUAAGGAUGUUGGAGGGGCUUGCUUCUGCCUCAGAGCAGGCAACUACGAAUGGUCUACCGCCCUCUAAACAAGGCAUCUUUGAUAAGUAAGGGAUCACUCACUUUUCUUCUGUUCCACCAUGUACAGUGAUAGGUCCUGAUUUGUAAACCAAGUCUACAUCAUUUCCUUAGGUAUUUAGGUCUCGUUGUUAAGUCAUAAUAGUGAUAAAGCUUUAAAGGAGUUCUCUUUCGUGUUAUAGAUUGGAAGGGUGAUCGAGAUUACCUGAUAUUUAGAAUGAUUGUACGGUGAGCUUAUUAGUAGAUUGAUUUUCAAUGGGGGUAUUUAGAUCUUGUCGACUCAUAUUUGUGAGAAUUUAAUUUUAAGUUUAGCGCGAGCUGGCACGGUCGUGGUAAAGUCAAAGUUAUAAGUACAAUGUCAUCUAUAAGGAUUCUUGUAAACGUUUGAGACGGUUCAUAAAUAGUAUUGAUCCUAACUUAAGCUCUUUUAUCAUUCA